AUGAUGGGCGUUGUAAUGAUCGCCGAUUUUGUCCUGGUUGGCUUAUUGGACAAGAUCUGGUCGCCGUUGACCCAGGAACAGCAAAACUCGAUCAAGGAGCACAAACUUUCCGACACAAGUGAAGCUGUUGCACGCAGCUGUGUAUAUUUGGACGUGUCAACCGCCAACAACCCCGCAAUUCAUACGAAGGAAUGGAGAACAAAUUCAUGGGACCGUUCGAUUCAAGAAGCUAGGUAA